GCGGCAUCUGUGCUGACGCCUAGCAAAUGUCAGGACCUCGCUCACGGUCAAGACGCCGGGCCUUUUAACCUUUGACCUCCCAGACGUCACUUCCUCUUUUCACCGUUGAGGCAGCCGGAGUGGAGGUUCGGCCAUGCCAUCCCACAAAACCUUCAGGAUCAAGCGAUUCCUCGCCAAGAAGAUGAAGCAAAACCGACCAAUUCCACAGUGGAUCCGCAUGAAAACUGGCAACAAGAUCAGGUACAACUCCAAGAGGAGACACUGGAGAAGGACUAAGCUGGGCCUGUAAAGGGAUUCUCCACCGCUGGCACACUACCAGUGACAGCCGCCUCUCUCGGUCUCCCUCUCCCCUGCAAAGAGUGAUGAAAAUACAGACCUGUGCAAAAGCUGACUGAAGAAAAAUGUAAUUUUUUUGUUUCAUGUUUUCUAUUGUGGAAAAUUAAACCAAUAUAAAUCUC